AUGAAUAUCAGUCUAUCGAAAAAUAUCGAUUGUACAAACCAGCUUGAUGACAGUGAUGCACUUAGAGAGUCUAUGUGGUCAGCUGGGUCGUCGCCGCAGUCAAAGCCAUAUCAAACCUUGGAAUUUAUCAAAAGCCAUCACGAAAGGCAAAUAUAUAUAUUCUUGGAAGUGAGAGUCUGUCUAUGUCGUCAAGCAGCCAAGAGAAUAAACUCAUUUGCUAAAGUGGACGCUGAUUUGACUUUACGGCAAACCAAUCAAAUCAAGCAAGUAAUGCGAUUCAAAGCUGCUACACAAGCUGGAAUGCUUGUGAAGCUAAUGAUCAAUCCAGACCCGUGA